UUUUUUAAAUUACGGUCUUCAAUGUGAAUACUAUGAAUUAUGUGUAUGUAUUUUAUUUAGAUAUAUGUUGAAUAAAAAUGAAAUUUAACAUUUAUUUUGUAAAUAGGAUUGGAAAUUAGAAAUAAAAAUCAUAAAAAGAGAAAUUUCAUUAAUUAAUAUUGAAACAUAUUAUACAUAUGUGUUGUAUAAUAUAAUACUUCUGAAGUUAACGCUACUUCGUUAUUAGUGCUUCCGUAUGACGUGGUCUUAGAACGAACUGUUAAAGUACGAAAGUCGCAGUUGAAGUUAUGUUUAUAUAAACGUGAUCAAGCACUAUUUUAUAGCCGAAAUAGAUAUAAAAAUAAAUUAAACAAUAUCUUUUAUAUAAUAAUCGUGAAACAUGGUUUACGUAUCAAAUGAUGGAAGCGUCUUAUAUGGUACUCCUUUGCAUUUAAAAUUGUUUAGAUUUUUCACAGGUAUAAUUUUCAUGGUUAUAAUGUUUUUUAAAACAUUAUUCAAUCCUAAUAUAAACAAAUAUGGAAGCGAAUAUACAAGAGAUUAUAGACCUGGAUCUGGGCCACCGCGUCCACCAACUCGUAGAUUAGGAAGACAUAACACAGGACAUACUAUUGAUAUUCCUAUUGGAGGAUGUAGUAGUUGUGGUAAAUAAAAUAAAAGCAAAACUUUUCAACAGUAAAGUAAUACCAUUUAAAAAUUUUUACGUGAUUGCUAUAAUUAUAACAUGUUCAAAAAUGAAAUUACUUAAGAACUUGGAAAUUUUUAUAAUGAGGAGAUAAUGAACAGACAUCUUAAGAGUAAUUUUAUUAAAUGUAUUAGAUUAUUUUUAAAAAUAUUAUAAAUCAUUAUAAAUAUGUCACACAUUAAACAUGCAUUAAAAAAAAUAAGUGAA